AUGGCGCAGUCUCUCCCCAUCAACUUCACGGAGCUGGUACAGCUCACAAGCGUCGGUAUCGAUGCUGCCUCCAUCGGCUUCAACUCCUGCACACUCGAGUCAGACUCCUUCGUAUGCGUUCAAGAAAAGAAAGGACCCCAGCCCGAAGUCGUCAUCAUUGACUUGAAGAACGGCAACAAUGUCACGAGACGUCCUAUCAAGGCGGAUAGUGCCAUCAUGCACUGGAAUAAGCAGAUUAUUGCCCUCAAGGCCCAGUCUAGGACCCUGCAGGUCUUCGAUCUUGGCGCGAAGGCGAAACUCAAGGCCACCACCAUGAACGAGGAUGUCGAGUACUGGAAGUGGAUCGACGAGAAGACACUUGGUCUGGUUACCGACUCGAGCGUAUACCACUGGGACAUCACGGAUGCCACCCAGGCGGCCCCUGUCAAGGUCUUUGCGCGCCACGCGUGCCUAAGCGGCUGUCAAAUCAUCAACUACCGCUCCAGCCUCGACGGCAAGUGGACAGUUACCGUCGGUAUAUCCCAAAAGCAGGGGCGCGUUCGCGGUGACAUGCAGCUGUACUCCAAGGACCGUGGUAUCAGCCAGGCCAUAGAAGGACACGCCGCCUCAUUUGGUACCCUCAGACUUGAAGGCGCGGCCCAGGACACCAAGGUUUUUGCUUUCGCCGUCCGCACCGAGACUGGUGCCGCGAAGCUCCACGUCGUCGAAGUUGAUCAUCCCGAGGGCAACCCCGUCUUCCCGAAGAAGGCUGUCGAUGUCUAUUUCCCCGCCGAGGCCACCAACGAUUUCCCUGUCGCUCUGCAGGUCUCUCAAAAGUACGGCAUCAUCUAUCUCGUCACCAAAUACGGUUUCAUCCACCUCUAUGACCUGGAGACCGGUACUUGCAUCUUCAUGAACCGAAUCUCGAGCGAAACCAUCUUCACCACUUGUCCCGACAGCCUGAGCUCCGGUAUCGUUGGUAUCAACCGCAAGGGACAGGUUCUGUUCGUGACGAUUGAUGAGAACAACAUGAUCCCUUACCUCCUCCAGAACCCCGCCAACUCGGAGAUGGCCGUGAAGCUCGCUUCGCGCGGCGGCCUGCCUGGUGCUGAUGAUUUGUACGGACGCCAGUUUGAGCAGCUCUUCAACGCUGGCCAGUACAUGGAGGCUGCUAAGAUCGCCGCCAACUCGCCUCGUGGCUUCCUCCGGACGUCCCAGACCAUCGAGAAGUUUAAGCGUAUCCCUGCCCAACCCGGACAGAUGACGUUUAUCCUUCAGUACUUUGGCCUUUUGCUCGACAAGGGCGGGCUCAACAAGCACGAAACCCUCGAACUUGCCCAGCCCGUUCUUGCCCAGAACCGCAAGAACUUGUUGGAGAAGUGGCUAAAGGAAGACAAGCUCGACUACUCGGAGCAGCUUGGUGACCUGAUCCGCCCCCACGACAUUAACAUGGCCCUCAUCACGGGGCAAUUCGAUAAGAUCCUCCCCUACUCCGCCCAGUCUGGAUACCAGCCCGACUUUGUGCAGCUUCUCCAGCACAUUGUCCGCGUCAACCCCGAAAAGGGUGCCGAGUUCGCGACUUCGCUGGCCAACCACGAAGGUGGCUCCCUCGUUGACAUUGAGCGCGUCGUCGACAUCUUCCAGAGCCAGGGCAUGAUUCAGCAGGCCACCGCUUUCUUGCUUGAUGCCCUCAAGGAGAACAAGCCCGAGCAGGGCCAUCUCCAAACCCGCUUGCUCGAAAUGAACCUCCUGAACGCGCCCCAGGUUGCCGAUGCCAUUCUUGGCAACGACAUGUUUUCUCACUUUGACAAGUCGCGCGUCGCCACUCUCUGCGAGCAGGCCGGCCUCGCCCAGAAAGCGUUGGAACUCUACGAGGAUCCCGCCGCCGUCAAGCGUGUUGUUGUUGGUAUCGCCGGGCUUCCCAAUUUCAACCUCGACUGGCUUGUCGGUUUCUUCGGUCGCCUCUCAGUCGAGCAGUCGCUUGAUUGUCUUGAUGCCAUGAUGAAGCACAACAUCCGCCAGAAUCUGCAGUCCGUCGUCCAGAUUGCCACCAAGUACUCGGACCUCCUCGGCCCCGUUCGGCUGAUUGACCUGUUUGAGAAGUACAAGACGGCCGAGGGUCUCUUCUACUACUUGGGCAGCGUCGUCAACCUCUCUGAGGAUGCCGACGUGCACUUCAAGUACAUUGAGGCUGCCACCAAACUGGGACAGUUCAACGAAGUGGAGCGCAUCUGCCGAGACAGCAACCACUACAACCCCGAAAAGAACAAGCAGUUCCACGCCAUCGAGUCAUACGUCCAGCGCGUUAACCCCGCCCGGACCCCCGCCGUCAUUGGCGGCCUCCUUGACGUGGAUUGCGAGGAGGACAUCAUCAAGAAGCUCCUCGCCACCGUCAACCCCGCGUCGGUGCCCAUUGACGAGCUUGUCUCCGAGGUCGAGACCCGCAACCGUCUCAAGAUUCUCUUGCCGUUCCUCGAGGCUACUCUUGCCGCGGGCAACCAGCAGCAGGCUGUGUACAAUGCGCUCGCCAAGAUCUACAUCGACUCCAACAACAACCCCGAGAAGUUCCUCAAGGAGAACGACCAAUAUGACUCCCUUGUCGUUGGCAAGUACUGCGAGAAGCGCGACCCCAACCUGGCGUACAUUGCCUACUCCAAGGGCCAAAACGACCUUGAGCUCGUCAAUGUGACCAACGAGAACAACAUGUACCGCGCCCAGGCCCGUUACCUUUUGGACCGCGCCGAUCGCGAGCUCUGGAUGUUCGUCUUGAGCGAGAACAACAUUCACCGACGCUCCGUCGUUGACCAGGUCAUUUCGACUGCCGUCCCCGAGUCGACCGAUCCUGGCAAGGUGUCGGAGGCUGUCGCGGCCUUCCUCGCGGCUGAUCUCCCCGUGGAGCUUAUCGAGCUCUUGGAGAAGAUUGUGCUCGAGCCCUCGCCCUUCAGCGACAACCAGAACCUCCAGAACCUGCUCCUCUUCACCGCCGCCAAGGCCGACAAGAACCGUGUAAUGGACUACAUCCACCGUCUUGACGGCUUCAGCGCACCCGACAUUGCGUCGGCCUGUAUCGACGUUGGCCUAUACGAGGAGGCGUUUGAGAUCUUCAAGAAGACGGGCGACAACUCGGGCGCCGUCCGUGUCCUCGUCGACAACGUUGUUAGCAUUGACCGUGCACAGGCCUUUGCCGAGGAGGUGGACCUGUCGGAGGUUUGGAGCACCGUCGCAAAGGCGCAGCUUGACGGCCUGCGCGUGAGCGACGCCAUCGAGUCGUACAUCAAGGCCGAGGACCCCAAGAACUACGAGGAGGUCAUUGAGAUUGCCGUGCACGCUGGCAAGGACGAGGACCUCAUCAAGUUCCUCCGCAUGGCGCGCAAGACGCUGCGUGAACCUGCGAUCGACACGGCUCUUGCCUUCUGCUACGCGCGCCUCGACCAGCUCACCGAGCUCGAGGACUUCCUCCGAGGUACCAACGUGGCCAACAUUGAGGAAUCGGGUGACAAGGCGUACGCCGAGGGCUUCUUCCAGGCGGCCAAGAUCUUCUUCUCCAGCAUCUCCAACUGGGCCAAGCUUGCCACGACGCUGGUGCACCUGGGCGACUACCAGGCGGCGGUGGAGUGUGCGCGCAAGGCCAACAACAUCAAGGUGUGGAAGGAGGUGCAUGAGGCGUGUGUGAACAAGAAGGAGUUCCGUCUAGCGCAGAUUUGCGGUCUGAACCUGAUUGUCGACGCGGAGCAGCUCCAGACGCUCGUGAAGCAGUACGAGAACAAUGGCUACUUUGAUGAGCUCAUCAACCUGCUCGAGCAGGGCCUCGGCCUCGAGCGCGCGCACAUGGGAAUGUUUACGGAGCUGGGCAUCGCGCUGUCCAAGUACCACCCGGAGAAGCUCAUGGAGCACCUCAAGCUCUUCUGGGCGCGUGUCAACAUGCCCAAGCUGAUCAAGGCGUGCGAGGACGCGCAGCUCUGGCCUGAGCUCGUGUUCUGCUACUACCACUACGACGAAUUUGACAAUGCGGCUCUGGCGGUCAUUGAGCACUCGCAGAACUCGUGGGAGCACCAGCAAUUCAAGGAGAUGGUGGUCAAGGUGGCCAACCUGGAAAUCUACUACCGGGCGAUUCAGUUCUACCUCGAGCUGCACCCUUCGCUCCUGACGGAUCUCCUCCAGUCCCUCACGGCCCGCAUCGACGUCAACCGUGUGGUCAAGAUGUUCCAGAAGCUCGACGAUUUGCCCCUGAUCAAGCCGUUCUUGCUCAACGUGCAGGCGCAGAACAAGCGCACGGUCAACGAUGCCAUCAACGACCUCUUGAUCGAAGAGGAGGACUACAAGACGCUCCGGGACUCGGUCGAGAAUUACGACAAUUACGACGCUGUGGCCCUGGCCUCCCGGCUGGAGAAGCACGACCUCAUCUUCUUCCGACAAAUCGCAGCCAGCAUCUACCGCAAGAACAAGCGAUGGGAGAAGUCGAUUGCUCUGUCGAAGCAAGACAAGCUCUUCAAGGAUGCCAUUGAGACCGCGGCUAUUUCGGGCAAGACCGACGUCGUCGAGGAGCUCAUCCGCUACUUUGUCGAUAUUGGCAGCCGCGAAUGCUACGUCGGCAUGCUCUAUGCCUGCUACGAUCUUCUUCGACCUGACCUUAUCCUGGAGCUCUCGUGGCGCCACGGCCUCAACGAUUUCACGAUGCCCUACAUGAUCAACAUGUUGAGCCAGCAGACCAAGGAGCUUGCGACCCUAAAGGCGGACAACGAGGCCCGCAAGGCCAAGGAGAAGGAGCAGGAGACGGCGGAUGACUCGGCUCCCAUUCUCGGCACAGGUCGUCUCAUGAUCACCGCUGGCCCCGGCGGUGCCAUGGGCCAGCCCUCGCCGUCCCCGAUGCCGUACCAGCAGACGAACGGCUUCGCGCCGCAGCUUACUGGGUUCGGGUUUUAG